UCUCAGUAACAGGGGUGGGACUAUAGCAUCACUACUGUCUGACAAAACAGCUAAGGGGUGAAGACAUGCACAAGAUCACCAUGCUGUUCUUGCCGGUGCUGCUGGUACUCAUGGAUCUCCUCCACGGAGUCCUGCUGACAGAGGUACCGACCUACCAGCACCAGGACCCGUUAACUGGAGAGCUCCUUACCUGCAACAAGUGUGAGCCCGGCACACACAUGUCCGUGCACUGCACCGCCACAUCGCCCACGAAGUGUGUGCCGUGCAAAGCUGAGCACUACACCGGGCUGUGGAACUACCUGAACCGGUGUCUGUACUGCAGCACCUACUGUGGAGAGAACCAGGAGGUGGAGAAGGAGUGCUCACCCGUCAACAACAGGGUCUGUCGGUGCAAGCAGGGCUUCUACUCGAAAGAUGACUUCUGUAUCGGACACAAGGAGUGCGGCAUCGGACACGGGGUUAUAACGAAUGGUACGUCGCAGAUGGACACGGUGUGUGAAAAGUGUGCGGAUGGCUUCUUCUCCGACUCCUCCUCCGCGCUGGAGCCGUGCGUAAAGCAGCAGGACUGCGCUUCUAGCGGACAAGUGGUCCUCUUGCCGGGCUCAGCCUAUCAUGACACCAUGUGUGGCUCCUGUGACGAUCUUAAAGAUGAAGGUGGAGUGAAGAUACUCAGGGCAUUCCUCCCAAGAUUUUUUGCAUUUCACAGGAUGCGUGUGGUGAAAAUGAGGAAAUUGGUCGCCAGGCACGUCCAGAGGGCAGGACAGGAGCAACUCAAUGGCAACACUCUGCCCAGAGACAGAAGUCCUCUCCUGGAUCAGAUCACAGCCUGGCUGGCCCAGGCUCCAGAGGAGCAGCUGAGGAAGCUCCCACAGAUGCUGAGGGCUUUACAGCUCAGCUCACUGGCAGACAAACUAGAAGGAAGAUUCAAUGAGAUUCAGCAACAGGCUGCACAGUGUAACCAAAUACCCAAAUGUACCCAAUAGCAAGUAUGGUAGUCUAAGAUACUAUGUAUGUUUGAAUAUGAAGGACACCUCACUUUGUCAAUGUUUAGAGAAGGCUAUGUCCUCCAGCUGUCAGUCAGAUAUUUGGGUGUUGUUGCUUUAAGAUGACAUUGUGGAAAAGAACCAUUUGAAUAUAUUUUUAUAGUUUUCAUUAUGUUUUUAUUGUGCUACCUCUAUGCAUUGCCAAAAACUGCCUCAGCCAAAUGAAUACAGGUAGUGGUGACAGUAUCUGUUUAGCAGGGAUAUGCUAAUU